AUGUCGCGGAGGAAGCUGGUGGUGUAUGGUGCCGGGGCAGCCGGUGCCUUAGUCACGGCGUGGGCUCUCUCGGCUGACGACAGGCCAGGAUCGUGGUACAAAUCGACAACAGUCGCAGCUAAGUCCGAGCGUAGGAAGCGUCCUUUACCCUCGCGUACGGACCAAGUCAAAAAUCUUCAAGCGGGACACACUUAUGAUGUACUCAUUAUAGGAGGUGGCGCCACUGGAGCCGGUUGUGCGCUCGACGCUACCACCAGAGGUCUUCGCACAGCUUUGGUUGAAGCUGACGACUUCGCCAGCGGUACAUCGAGUCGAUCAACGAAACUCAUUCACGGCGGCGUACGUUACUUGCAGAAGGCUAUAAUGCAGCUCGACUAUGAACAAUACAAAAUGGUCAAAGAAGCGUUACACGAACGGGCCAAUAUGCUGGAAGUCGCGCCUCAUUUGACAAGACCGUUACCUAUAUUGUUGCCAGUUUACAAAUGGUGGCAAGUCCCAUACUACUGGUUUGGUAUCAAGAUGUACGACUUGGUAGCCGGUGACAGAAAUUUGAAAAGCUCAUACUAUCUAUCUAAAAAGAACACUCUAGAAUUAUUCCCUAUGUUGAAAUCCGAUAACUUAUGUGGCGGCAUAGUAUACUAUGAUGGGCAGCAGGACGAUGCUCGUAUGAACCUGGCUAUCGCUUUGACCGCGGCGCGUCAUGGCGCCACCAUCGCCAACCACGUGUCUGUUGUCAAAUUGCACAAAACUGACGGCAAGCUUAGUGGCGCUAGAGUCCGGGAUGAAUUGACAGGCAAGGAAUGGGAUGUUAAAGCCAAGUCCAUAAUAAACGCAACAGGUCCGUUCACGGACUCCAUCAGGAAAAUGGACGAUCAAACUAUUAAAGAUAUCUGCUGUCCGUCAUCUGGCGUGCAUAUUGUACUGCCGGGAUACUAUAGUCCAGAGCACAUGGGUCUUCUUGACCCAGCUACUUCUGAUGGUCGCGUCAUUUUCUUCCUGCCGUGGUUGAAGGGAACCAUCGCCGGUACUACGGACAUGCCGUGUCAGGUCACACACAACCCGAAACCAACGGAAGAUGAAAUCCUCUUCAUCCUCACCGAAGUCAAGAACUAUCUUAACCCGGAUGUUGAAGUUCGUCGUGGGGACGUCUUAUCCGCGUGGUCCGGUAUUCGGCCACUAGUAUCAGACCCUAACAAGCCGGACACACAGUCCCUCGCUCGUAACCACAUCGUGCACGUUUCUCCUUCGGGCCUCGUCACCAUCGCGGGAGGCAAGUGGACCACCUACCGCGCUAUGGCUUCUGAGGCGGUAGACGCGGCCAUUGAAAGCUGCAACCUAAAGCCACUUUACAAGGAAUGUCAAACCGAUGGAUUCCUUAUCGAAGGUGCUCAUGGUUGGACUCCUACGAUGUACAUCAGAUUGGUGCAGGACUUUGGACUGGAAAUGGAGGUAGCACAACAUCUGGCCAAGUCAUACGGAGAUAGAGCAUUCGCAGUCGCAAAAAUGGCAGCUAUGACCGGCAAGAGAUGGCCCAUUAUUGGUAAAAAGAUCCAUCCAGAGUUCCCUUACAUCGACGCUGAAAUCAGGUACGGUGUCCGCGAGUACGCGUGUACAGCGGUCGACAUGAUCGCUCGAAGGCUGAGGCUUGCGUUCCUCAAUGUACAAGCCGCGGCCGAGGCCCUCCCCGCCGUCAUAGAAAUUAUGGCUGAGGAACUUAAGUGGAACGAAGCCGAAAAACAGAAACAAACUAAAAUAGCUGCGGAUUUCCUUGCCAAUGAGAUGGGACAAAUGGUGAAUCGCGCGAGUCGCGACAAGAUACCGAUCAAUCUGAACAAGGAAGAGAUUCAGACAUACAUCAAGCGGUUCCAGAUCAUUGACAAGGACAGAAAGGGAUUCGUCUCCAUCAAUGAUAUUAGGAGGAGUCUUAAGAGUAUGGGCGUGAAACCGAGUGACGAUGAAAUAAGUGCGAUAUUAUCAGAAAUCGAUGUCACUUAUCACGGGCAACUGGAAAUUCAAGACUACCUUCAGAACUACGGUGAGGAUGUGACCGGGGAACAGUUGCACGAAAUAUUGAGAGAAAUCGACACUAACAUGAACGGACAAGUCGAACUCGAUGAAUAUUUACAGAUGAUGUCAGCUAUCAAGUCAGGACAUGUGGCUUAUUCAAGAUUUGCUCGAAUGGCUGAGCUUGAAGAGGAACACCAUGAAAAGGAAACUCUUAAGAAGAAAAUCACCGUUGAAAGGAGUGGCGGAGGGUUGUAA